AUCUCCUCUCGACCAACACACGGAAUCAAACAGCAAGUUGCUGCAUUCUCAAAGUUUCCUUGCAGGGUGACCGACGCAGAGAGACCAGGUCGACAGGCGUACUUUAGCCUCUUACAACCACGUUAUUUUUGUGACUCUCAAAGGAUAAAGAAAUAGGAUCAUGCGUUUUUGUUUUAAUUUUUUCCUAAUAAUCACUUAUCAUUAGCCUAAGCUCAGCAGGCGCGCAUCUUGCUUUCCUUUCCUCUGUAUAGGCCUAUCUCAACCUCCGAUUGAUUGUAUGUUCAUCUGAGCUGAAAAGCAUCACUGCUCAGAAUGUUGCUUGAACAUCCUGGAUCAAGUUGUCAAAAUCCCGUGAAUUUCUCCCGAUACAGUGCAGGUCAAGAAAUUCCUGUAUGCGCUGGCUGUAAUCAACACAUCGUGGACCGCUUCAUCCUCAAAGUGCUGGACCGCCAUUGGCACAGCAAGUGCCUGAAAUGCAGCGACUGCCAAUCCCAACUAGCGGACAAGUGCUUCAGCCGAGGAGAUAGCGUUUACUGCAAAGAAGACUUUUUUAAGAGAUUUGGGACCAAAUGCGCCGCGUGUCAGCAAGGUAUUCCUCCAACGCAGGUGGUGAGAAGGGCACAGGAUUUCGUAUACCACCUGCACUGCUUCGCGUGCAUCGUGUGCAAGAGGCAGCUCGCGACAGGUGACGAGUACUACCUGAUGGAGGACAGCAGGCUCGUGUGCAAGGCUGACUACGAGACCGCCAAACAGCGAGAAGCUGACUCAACAGCGAAAAGGCCACGAACGACCAUCACCGCGAAACAGCUCGAGACCCUGAAAAACGCUUACAACAACUCUCCCAAACCGGCCCGCCACGUACGAGAACAGCUAUCGUCAGAAACUGGCCUAGAUAUGCGGGUUGUUCAGGUCUGGUUUCAGAACAGGCGAGCAAAAGAGAAGAGGCUGAAGAAGGAUGCAGGCAGACAGAGGUGGGGACAGUACUUCCGCAACAUGAAGAGGUCGCGAGGUAGUUCCAAAUCAGACAAGGACAGUAUCCAGGAGGAGGGCAUGGACAGCGACGCUGAGGUCUCCUUUACAGACGAGCCACCCAUGUCGGAGCUCAGUCACUCCAAUGGCAUCUACAGCGGCCUGAGCGAGUCAUCUCCAGCCAUGGGGGGCAGCCACGGCCCCUUCCCCCUGGAGCAUGGAGUCGUCCCCUCUCAGGACCAGUACCAUGACAUCCGCUCCAGCAGCCCAUACGGCCUACCCCAGUCCCCAGGUUCGCUUCAGGCACUGCCCAGGCACCAGCCCCUCAUCUCCAGCCUGGUCUACCCUGACUCCGGCCUGUCCAUCAUGACCCAAGGCGGGGCCCCGGGACUGAACCCAGGCAUGAGAGGAGUGUUGGGGGGCACUAACGGCCCCAGCUCGGAUCUGUCCACUGGCAGCAGUGGGGGCUACCCAGACUUCCCAGCGAGUCCAGCUUCCUGGUUGGAUGAAGUGGACCACGGACAGUUUUGAUGAGCUGGGUUGAUUGGUCAACGUGGUCUAAGGACUCAAAGGUGUUUUUUCUGUGUCUUCUCCUGCGGGUGUCAAAAACUGGAAAGAGACAGUCACGCAAGACCUGUGAAACAGAUAGAUCGGGUCAGAUGGUUGCUGUCUUUCACCCUCCUUGGAUCACUCUCUCUCUGUCAAUGAACUGUCAAUUAAUAUUUUACAUUUCUCCUGAUCUGAGUGGACUGAAAGGAAAAUAUGAAUGGUAGCACUUGGAACUCACACACCAUUCCUUAAAGAUAACAAGACUGAGAAAAAUGGAGUACUGGCCUGUUCUGAAUGAUCAUUUAGCUACUGACGAAGUGUUGAUAUGUUGCUCAAAUAUCGUCAAGAGUAGGUUCUGAAAGGAAAGCACCUCACUUCUACAAUCUGAACUUUUAACGGUCAGACAGACAUACUCCAUCUCUCAGCCUGAAGUCUUCACAGCACUCAUCAAACAGCCCUCCACCAUUGAACUAUGUGUACAGCGACUUUCCACCAUCAUGCUUUUGAUCCCUAUGGUGUCAUCAAUAUUACACCAGAGGAAGCUCACAGAUACACACAAUUUCCAGCUGUGAUAUCGUUGUGACAACUUAGCAAAUUCAGACUUUUGCCCUAUUCGAUUUUAAUAGACUCCAAUGCUUUCCACCUUAUUCUUCUCUCUGUUUAAAAAAAAAAGUGUACCGAUGCAGGUUUUGGUUCAAGUCAGAGUUUUUAUGUGUCUGGUUGUUGCCAAAUGUCUAUGUAUAUUAUGGUUUAUCAUUGUGGAGAAUUUAUUUUUAUACAACCCCUUCGACAACAUGAAUACCACAGAUAUUAGGACUUUGUACAUUGACGGCUAUGGAUCUAGACAAGUUGUAGAUGUCGCCUCCCACCGAUAACUAGAGGUCCAGUUACUUCUAUGCAUUUGUGUGUUCUCAGAUGUAUCUUGUUUGUUUCAUUCUAUUGAAAUUACCUGGGCAUGCUGAAACCCAGGCUGGUGUACGUGUUUGUUUAUGUGGAAGAUGUUUUAUGUCUUAUUUAUUCUCUCUGAUGAUGAUUAAGUGAUACAGGUCUUUAAUAAAUUUGUCAGCUAAAUCCAAA